ACAUGCACAGAGGAGGAGAGAGAGAGAAGGAGGAGGGAGAGGAGGGGGAGGCUCCUGAUACCAAGACACGGAAAAGCAGGGGAGGGAAAGAGAGAAAGAACAAGGGGCUGGUGGAGGAAGAGGAGAGGGGAGUUGGAGAAAUCGGGGAAUAACACUUAACAAAAAGCGCACAGAGAAGAGGAGGGACGGCACCCGGCGCGUUGGACAUCCCCAGCUUUCUUCCCUCAGGCUGUCAGAGCAGAUUGGACUCCGAAGGACCGACACGGCGGCCACCCCAGACCCCAUGGGGUAACAGAUGUUUUGAGGAGAGGCUUUUGUUCAGCUACACAGAUGAACAACAGGAAGGAGGACAUGGAGAUCUCAUCUCACUACCGUCAGCUCCUCAGAGAGCUCAAUGAGCAGAGGCAGCAUGGCAUCCUCUGUGAUGCCUGUGUCAUCGUGGACGGAAAGAUCUUCAAGGCCCAUAAGAACGUCCUUCUGGGCUCCUCACGCUACUUCAAGACUCUUUACUGCCAGGUUAAGAAAGGAGCCGAGCCUCCCCAUCAGACUACUGUUACACACCUCGACAUCGUGACGGCGACCGGCUUCAAAGCCAUCUUGGAUUUCAUGUACUCAGCACACCUUGCCCUUACCAGUAAGAACGUGAUCGAGGUCAUGUCGGCCGCCAGCUAUCUACAGAUGACGGACAUCGUCCAGGCCUGCCACAGCUUCAUCAAGGCUGCUCUUGACAUCAGCAUCCGCUCGGAGAUGGCCGAUGAGCUGGCAGACUUUGAAAUGGGAGCUGUUGCUGCAGGUUUAGGAGGAGGAGGUGGAGUCUCCGGGAAUGGAAGUGGGGUUGGUUUAGCUGGAGCAGGGGGUGUUCCAGGAGCUAGUUUGGGACGAGGGGGUGGGAUAGUAGGUAUAGCCUCUGAAGCUUUGGCGUCCAUCAUUUCUGGUCGCAGCACCUCUCCCUGGCUGGCACGCCGAACUAGUCCAGCCAACUCCUCUGGAGAUUCAGCCAUUGCCAGUUGCCAUGAGGGAGGCAGCACGUAUGGGAAGGAGGACCAAGAACCCCCUAAGAGCCAUGAGAGCCAGGAGGAAGCAUGCCAUGACUCUCAACCCGCCUGGCCUCAUGACUAUAGGCCGGUCAAUGUCAAAGAAGAACAAGUUUCCCCUGCCUCCUCUUCUCAUCCAAGGGACACUCCCAAGGGGUCAACCCAAAGCCAAGUAGAACAAGGGGCAGGGGGAGCAAGUGGUGGAGGUGCCGAAGGGCCCUGGCAGCCUCUUUCAGGGUCCGGGCGGAGGAAGAACCGGAAGAACAAGGACACAGUCAGACAUAUUACCCAGCAGUCUGAAAGAACCUGGGAUCGACAGCGGGACAGGGACAGAGAGAGGGACAGUAGGCCUGGAUCACCUCUGCCCUCCAUGCUAGCUGUCACUGCUUGGAACUACAAUGGCCAGGACAUUCCAGGGGCAGACGUGACCGAACCCAACAGCUCAGACAGCCGCGGUGAGCGCCUCGAUUUCUUCCUCAAGCAGGAAGAGACUCUCGCCACAGAGUCGGGCUUCCUGGGCGCCAGCGAAUCGGAGGAGGCCAGCGGAGGGGGUGGAGGCGGAGGCAUCUCAUCCGUAGCCAAUCUGAAGGCAGCGCUGAUGAGUAAGAACAGCCUGCUGUCGCUGCGGGCUGAGAUGAUGGGAGAUGAUAACCCCUUGCUGUAUGAGUACCUGCCCAAAGGAGGACACUCCCUGUCCUGGCUUCGCUCCAACAACUACUGCAGCGCACUCCGGCCAGGGGCCACGGGGGCCGCUGUUCAUAACAAACAGGGCGCUGGUUCCUCUCCUCCUCUUCCUCUUCUUCCUCCUCAUCUACCACCAUCACCACCACCACCACCACCACCACCACCCCAUCUGCCAUCAUCAACAUCAGCAUACUGCCCACCCUCUCCGCCCACACCACUGCACCUAUCCGAGCCUCGGCCCCUGGAGGCCCCUGGGCUGCGGGCCGGGGCGACGCCCCUGCACUCAGAAGGACUGGACAUGGAAGUAGAAGAGGCUCCCGAGGGCACAGAGCCCUCCGUCUUUCCGGAGGAGAGGAUAAAGGAGAGAGAAGACAUGAAAGACUACAGCACAGCUUUGGAAGGUGACCAGUGCCCUGUCGAGAGGGAUCAGAUGGGCGAGGGGAGUUGUGCCGGUGGCUUGUCAGUGCCUGCGUCAGUAUCCGUACCUGGCACGGGAUCUAAAGGGCCGCUCGCGCUGGUGAACGACUUCACAGUGAUCCGUAAAAAGUUCAAGUGCCCAUACUGCAGUUUCUCUGCUAUGCACCAGUGCAUCCUCAAGAGGCACAUGCGAUCCCACACCGGUGAGAGGCCAUACCCAUGUGAAAUUUGUGGCAAGAAGUUCACCAGACGGGAACACAUGAAGAGGCACACGCUGGUCCACAGCAAGGACAAGAAGUACGUGUGCAAGGUGUGCAGCCGGGUCUUCAUGUCCGCCGCAAGUGUUGGGAUCAAACACGGUUCUCGGAGACAUGGGGUCUGUGCCGACUGCUCGGGCAGGGGCAUGGCUGCGCUGCUGGACCAUAACGGGGAGACGGGCGGAGACAUCUCCCCCGAGGAGGAGCUUUAUCCUGGGGACCGGUUUCACGACGACCAGGCGGAGUGCGAUGGGGACGGGGAGGGGGAGGAGGAAAUGAUGGUGGAAGGGGACGGUGAGAUUUUGGGAGAAGGGGAGGAAGAGGCGGGGAAGUGGAAGGACUCAGGGAUGGCCGCCGAGGCACACAGAGCACUGGACAAUGAGAAGGAGGAGAGCGACUCCUCGGCUCAGGAGGGGGAGCAGCAUAAUGGGAGUGAGAAGGACUUUGCUUGGAUCUCGUAGAACCCGUCAAGCCUCCUGCUUGUGGCUCGUCAACCAAUCUCUGGAGAUCUCUGAUCUCUCAGGCAGAUUCCUCUGCUCACUUUACCCACUCGCCCACUCACCGUGGGCAGGCCUUCCUUUGUACGGAGAUGCUGUAGGGUGAUGCGCGACAAUGAUCGAAACACUCAAACACUCCACACACACACACACACGCAUACACACUUUCUCAAGCUUGACCGCCAUAGAAGAAGAGUAAUCAAGAGAUGGCUUGAGUGCAAGGCUUUUUUCCGCUUACCUCCUCCACUUCAGAUGCAGUGAUUUUCUGUUUCUUCUUCUUCUUCUUCUUCUUCUUCUCGAGAGUUCAGGCUGGAGUCCAGCUGUUUUCUGCUCUGUCACAACAGGUAUCAGGCUGCCAAAGACGCAGCCGGCGCUAGACUGCAACUUUGUAUGUUUGCCAUCACAAUCAUUGCAGGAACCAAGGAUCACAGGCAGAGUAAAGGGGGACAGCCAGGAAGGAGGGUGUCUCAAAGCGAGAGUCUAAAUCUAUUGCAAAGAUCGAGUGUCAGGGUUGGGGGACUGCGAAGCCCCAAGUGACACAUUUUCUUUUUUGAGUCCUACUGCCACAGACUUGCACUUUAAUGACAACUGACUCCUAUCAAAGUCCUGAACCCAUGGUUUACAUUUUUAAUCUGAUCUUUACUUACCUGAACAACUCGGUGACCGCACCUACCUUUAAGGAUGUACCUUAUGUCUUCUCUGACUGUUAUCGCCAGAUAGAAAUCACUGAAUCUUUGUGCAGAUUGCUGAUCAUAAAACCUAUGCCUUUUCAGUGGGGUUCUUAAUCUUUUCUUCUGUUAAGUUCACCACCUGGUUUCUAUUGAUCCAUUCCAACAGAAGAUGGAGAUUUGUACAUAAAGAUGUAAAAGAAAGGGGAAAUAAAUGCUGUGUGAGAGAGAGAGGCAGAGAAUGAACUUUGCUUUUACAAAUUGGGGAGUUUAAAACAAAAUGUUUCUGCUCUGACAGUCGAUAUGAGCACACAGUGGACCUACCUUACACUAACAAACACUCUUUGUCUCUCUCGCUUGUCUCUCUGGCUGAAGUUUAUGAAGAUAGGACCUGUGAGCCAAGUCUCUCACACCUUUUUUUUCUCCCUGGUUUUAUUCUGUUUUGUUUGAUUUCCUCCUCACUCAGACGUGUAAAUUCCAGUUUCUCCACACAGAAUAUGCAGACACUUUUCGCGGUAACUCUUUUGCGUGCUCCGGUUCCUCCUGCUUUGUGAGGUGUAAAGAAAAAGGAUCAACGUUGUGCUUGAAAUUCAGAGAUUUCAGUAUUUGUAGAGAGUGUAAUAUUGAUUUGUUAUUUAUUGAGAACCAUUUUUUUUCCCCCUCUGUGUCUGCGUGUGUGAGUGUGUGUGUGUACGUCUGAAUGAGGGUUUGGCGUUUAGAAAGAGUCUACACUGAUUUUUAAGAUUAUUUCUGAAUUUUUUGGCAAAAGUUAUUGACAAUUCAAGUGAGACCGAUGACAUGUCUUAUUAUUAUGAAUAACUAUGAUUAUUGUUGUUGAUGUUACUAUUAUUAAUUAUUCUUAUUAAGUGCGGGAUGCUAAGCUUUACUGUGUGUGUUUCUUUUUUUUGAUAUUUUAUAUCUUGUACAAAAAGAAAGCUUUUAUACUUUGCCUUGUUGUGGAUAGCAAGCCAUGGGGCUUUUUAUCAACCUUUUAUUGUGUCAGUUUACGCUUUUUUCUGUCGUAUUUACUUCUUUUUUUUGUACUACUGAGGGGGAAAACACAUUCACUGUCCUGCUCCUCUGUUGAAUAUUGAUUGAAACAUUUAUUCCGCUUAUGCUUUUUACACCACUAAUGUACACUAAUUGAUUAUUAUGGAACCAAAAAAAAGGGAGAAAUAUACCAAUCUAGUACUUUUGUAUACAUGAAGUGCUUUUGUUUUGCAGUCUGUGUUUUAACGAGUGCUUUUUGCCUUUAUAGUUGUGGUAAACGGUUCUUUGUUGGGUUGUUUUUAUUUUAUUUUGGGGGUUUUCCCAUGAGCCUGUCGCUAUUCAUCACAAUCGGAUUAAAGAAGUGCACGUUUCUUUUUUUUGUUUUGUUUUUUUAUUAUUGUUGUUAUAAAUGAAGGGCUGAGUGAGAGGGAACAGCUAGUUGUUUGAAGACUGCAAGCAGAUUAGAUUUUUAUUUUAUUUCUUCGCAGUUAAAGUGACACACAGUAAGGCAGCUUGCAGACUAAACACUCCUCUCUAACGCAAGUGUGUUGAGUCUGCAGUUUGGAUCCCAAUCUUAAAAAAAAAAAGAAAAAAAAAAAAGGAAAAGAAGUGCUGCAGCUGUAACAUGUUGUGGAAAACAUGUUGCCUGUGAUGACUGCACACAUCAGGCUCUCUGCUCUGCUGCCAGUGCCAUGGACUGUACUUCUCAUCAAAAAAAAAAAACAAACAAACAAAAAAAAAAACUCAGCACAACUUGUUAUGCUUUCUUCAUUUCUAGCAGCUCUGCUAUCCAAUGUGUUUUUGAUCCAUUUAUCAAAUUAUUCUUUAUUUCUGGGGUUAAAAAAAAAGACAAUGGGGUAGAAAUUUUGAUGAAUGUUAGUAAUGGGUGUGGAAGGAGCCCAUGAUCAGUGACAAAUCUCUGUCCUGCGGUGCUGUUAUGGCCACUGAGAGACAUCUGGAUGUAUGUUUGACUCCCCUGGACCGUUCCUACCCCACACUUUACGCUCUUCUCACGACCUGUGCUGUAUGUCCUCUUCCUCAUUCCGGGUUGUACUUCAGGAAAACGUCCGCCAUCGACCCCUCAAUAUGUGCCUCAAUGACAUUUUCUUUCACCCGCGUGCUUGCGAGAGUGUCUGCGUGGAGAGAUGAGAUGAAUAUUUGUGUGUGUGGAUAGAGAUUACGGAGAUGUUGGGGUUUUUUUUCUCCUGAGAAGACAAAUCAUAACGGGGCAACUAGAUCCUCCCUCCUUUCCUUGACCUUUCGUGCCCUGAUUCUGUGGUCUUAACUUGCAUGCCUGUGUUCAUUUUUGUCAUACCAAAGCGACAUCUUCGGCAUCUGCGCACGGCGGUCUCAUUCCCCACAAUGCAAAACUGGAACUGUUUGCUCUUUUUGCAGAUGAAUAUGGGUAUUCUUUGACGUGUACAAACUGCAAUCCUCAUUCAGCCUGUAUAGCUUGACUCACACGUGAAAAUCAUGAAGCCAUAGAUAUGGGUAUAUCUAUAUUCUACUAUAUUUAAAAAAAAAAUAAUAAAAAUUGGCGCUUUUUACUUUAGAUUUUGUUCUUCUACUAAGAGUGAUGUGUGUAUACCUUCAUAUAUAUGAAUUUAUAUUACUAUUAUAUAUUAUUUAUUUACUCUUUCAAGUUUCAAAGGGUCUUUCAUUUGUAAAAGGUCACACUUGAAGCUUGAGGUUUGUUUAUUUUUGUUGGGAAUAUUUGUUCAAUAUGAUACUGACUUUAUAAUGAUUAUUAUCAUAAUCCUGUGUUUGUAACAAAAUGUGGUAAAUAAUCAAAAAAAAAAAAAAAGAAAAACUGUCCUGUUUUUACUCCUGUUUUGUUUUUUGGGCAGAUUUAAGUGCUCUUGUGCUGAUUUUUAAUUUAAUUUAAUUUUUUCUUGGUUGAUAGUACUGAUCACAGAACAUUUUUACGGUCAACCAUAAGCCUUCUGUUUCGAUGUUGGGUCCAGCCCGCGAGUUGUCCAAGCCUCUUUCUAACUUCAUGUUUAGUGGAAGAAUUAGCUUGACUAUUAUUUGCAAAAUCCAAUCAGUCUCAAUAAAUUUUGAAAUUGCUGCUGUAAAGACAUGAGCAGUGUCUACUGUUUUUUUUUUCUCCUUUGCUUAUUUUUGUCCACUGGGGGGCGCAAUAGACAAUUUAGAAAAAUUUAAAAAGAAUCCGUUUGGAACAUUUUUGUCAAAUGUUCUUGUCUUACUGUAUAUAUAAAGAUUCAGACAUGUUGCACUCCAGAAAAAGUUGUGAAAAAAAUCCUUAAAUCAGAUUCUACUUUAAUUUCUUUUUCAUUUCAAAAAGUGACACCUGGUAUUAAAAUGUGAAAACUUUGCUUUUGUCCACUGGGCAGCACUUUUAUUAAACCUUUCACCUCCACACGAGGUUUCAGGACCAAGUGAUCUCUGUCCAUUUUUCUAAGUAAUCAAUAUUUUUGUCUAAAUUUGCUCAUAAAUUUUGUAUCAUUAUCCUGCUGAAACCCACACUGCAGACAAACCCUUUUCAAUUUUCUGGCAGACCAUCAUUUAUAUCUAGUUAAAUGUCCUGGUAGGGGUAGCAUGACCCAUGGACCCAUUGAAGUGGCCGUCACCGAUUUGAGUUCCAACCCGGUGACCUUUGCCGCAUGUCUUCCCCCUCUCUCACAACCCACCUUCCUGUCGAACGACUGUCAAAUGAAGGCACCUAAAGCUAACAAAAGUCUUUUAAAGAAGUAUAUAAAUAAGCAUGCGCCGUUCCAAAGUCUAUAUUGGAAUUUUCAACUUAUUUCAUAACAUUUCUCACGUUUAAACACUAAAUUGCACGAUUGAAAGAUGCUAGUCACAUUAUUUAGCAAACAUUUCAUAUUUCUUCAAUAAUAAAUCUUAAUAAAUAAAAAGGGUUUUUUUAAUAUAGCAAUACAUCUUCAUAAACUUGAAAAAUACAUUGUAAUAAUAAUGUAAUUUUGAUUAUGUGUUAAGAUAUCUAAACAUAAAAGUUUAACAGGGCAAAUACAAUACUUGAGAUCCAAAACACACAUGUAUAAUUUAUGUACGUUUGUUACUUUUGGUUGAAUUCUAAUUUUUCUUGCAAGAUGGAUUUGGUAAAGUAUUUCUAUGUUAAGUACUAUCAAGAGAUUUUCACACAUCUUGACCUAGGAUGUCAAAAAAAUAAAAAAUAAAAAAUCUGAAGCCAGACGUCUUCCAUUCAGGUUUAUUUUUAUUUAUCGUCACAUUACAUCACACAGAUCACAUUAUAAGCAUCAUACAUGUUCAUCCAUCUUUUCAAGCACUAGUCAAAGGCUUGACAUUCAUACGAGUACUCCUUGAGUGCACUACUGCUCAGAAAGUGCUUUCUCCGUGUGUGUGUGUGGGCCUGCUGAUGAAGACCAGAAGCAGAGCCCACCCAAAAACAGGAGAAAUCUUGGCCUCCAGUGAAGACCCAAAGGCUGAUGUCACAUUUCCACCAAAAACUCUUCCAGCACUGAGCGUAGUCAGGGCGCUCCUAGUAUGUUUGCUUCCACCAUCAGCAUUGAGUUCCUGGAUACUGAGAGGGGAAAUCUAACACAAAACCCUUCAGUGUUGUAUCUCCUAACAUACACACAAAAAUAAAGAAUAUCAAAAGAAUGAGCAAUGCUAGACAUGCACAACGUCGUCAAACUCAAUCAGACAAUCGAUGGGAGAAAAAUAAAAGCGUAAGGCUCAGUAAAAACACAACAGCACGGGAAAAAAAUGGUCGUCAGAGGAUGGGGUUUAACAAACGCCUGGACAGACAAUACAAGCACAGGAGAGGGAGGUGUGGAGCUGCCAUUGCAAUGAAAUACAUGUGAUUUUGAACAAAUAUAUAUAUUGUCUUUUUGCUGCUGCUCUUUAGUGAACAAAAUGAAAACUGACAUUCAGGAAAGCAGCACAUCAAUUUUGACGUAUUUGGUAAGAGAACAAAAAGGCUUUUUUUUUUUUGAUGCACAUUUCAAGGGUUUAGUUUAGCUUAAUGUACUGGCUAAAGGCUUGGGUGGAACCACAGUGAAGCUGAAUAGCACACACAAAGGAAUUGCUGCGGUGAACGGAGAAGCGGGGAAAGACACUAACAGCAUGCUGUCUGUUGGAAUGCGCAGGGCAGGAUAAAGAUGCCCCAAAAGGUAACAAUUUCCAUUGUGACCAAAAAAGUUGAAAGCGAUCCUGACUUGAGGACAACUUCAUGUCACAACCACAAACAACAUUCAUGACAACAAAAAGUACACAAACUCACACGAAAUGACCCAGUUGGCCGAAUAUAGAGGGCAAAAUGAUAAAAGUGGAUCAUAAAUGUCACCAAAAGGCAUGAAAAUUUUUGUUCCGCUGUAAAUAGUCAUUGCACAAAGAUAGUAAAGCAAUACUGCAUGGUUGUGUUAUUCCAUAUGAUUCAUCAGUGUGGCGACAGAUGGUUUUUAGGCGUUAAGAAACAAAACAAAAUAAGGACGCGCAAUAAUUUCUCAAAAUGGCUAAGCUAGCCAGCAACUACACGAAAACAACAAAAUGAAUUUCUAUAAGUUGUACAUUCAACAGGUUGUCAUUUUUUUUCUCCCCUUUGCCACUAAGCUACAAUAUACAUUGAAUCAGUUCACUAUAAGUUUGCAAUUGCCUUUAAAAGUGAAAGAAAAAACAUAUAUUCUGAGCAACAGUAAUGUAAAAAAAAAAAAAAAAGAAGAAAGUUUCCUUUUUGUAUAACAAUAAUAUAACAAAA